AUGGCAUCAAACAAAAAAAGAAAAUAUGUUCGAGCUAUUGACAAUCAUGAAUUUGAAAAAUUUGUUCGAACACAUCUAACAAAUGAUCUUGGAGAUAUAAUUCUUUUAACAAUUGGAAUUAGAUCGUAUAAUGGAUUUUUACAAUGUCAUGAUUUAAAUGCUGAAUUACUUGAUGUUUAUGAUUCACUUAAUGAAAAAGAUAAAAUAAAUUUAUUUUUACAUCAUAAUUCAUCAUCACCUUCAUCAACAAAUCAAGUGAAACCUGCUAUUUUACGAGAGUUAAAGUUUUUUCAAGAUGAAAGUCGGAAACAAAUUGUCACUGAUAAAAAUAAUGAGAUUAAUUCCGAAAAUAGUAGUUCUACUCAAUGUGAAAAUGAUCCAAAAAAAUUUAAAACAAACUCAAAUACUUAUCAAUCGAUAAUAUUUCAGGCAUGUCAUCAUGAUAUUGAAGAAAAUUCAACAAAACCUAUAAACAAAGAAAAUGAAGCAACAGAUUGGUCUUUCGACAACGAAGAAGCAUUAGAUUAUGAUAUACAAUUUAAAGAUUUAACAAUUUCACAAAAUUUGAUUGUAAAAGAAUUUCUUGAAAACUUUCGAGAUUAUUGUUCGAAAAAUGAUAUUGAUUUAAAACAAAAAAAUCAAUGGCUUGUUGAUUAUAUUAAAAAAAUCAAAUAUAAACCAAGUGGAUAUGGUCAUUGA